AUGCCUAAAAUCAGAAGCGGCGAACUGUCCCAAAAACUCGCCAUAGCAAACAGUUGGCCAUUUCAAUUUGAACAUGUCUAUUGUUUUCAGUGUGAAAAAUUAUAUUUUUGCCAAUUUGACACCAUAAGUGAUGCGCAAGUGAAAAUGUUUGUGAAUAAUAUUGAAGAUAAGGACUCUGUGUUGACUGUUGUGCAGAAGGAACUCCGAGAUCAUGGGAUUAAAUACCCAAAAUCAAAGAAGCGUCAAUUGGGUCAGGACAAAAGUGGCAUUAGGAAGAUUUUCCAUACGCCACUGCAUCAAUUGGAACUGACAGAUGGGGUCCUGGUCAAUGGGAGCAUCGUUCAGGUGCCAAAAUUUGUUUCUGACGCCUGUCAGAGGAUUCUCGAUCAAGUGACAACGGAGGGAUUGUUCCGGAAAGCUGGCUCAGCAGCCAGGCAGAAGGCUAUCAGGCGACUGCUGGAGAGUGGAGAGAAUCUGGAGAAAUGCCAUCAUGUGAUUGAUGUGGCCAAUUUGCUGAAGAGUUUCUUCAGGGAAUUGCCGGAGGCACUUUUGCCGUCCGGAAAUGUGCAGGAUUCGAUGCUGAGGUGUUUAUUUACUGGAGAACAGAAGCUCAAUACUCUUUUGUUAACGUGCCUCCUAUUGCCUCCGCUCACGCUCAAUGUUCUGGCAUUCUUUAUGCAGUUUCUCCACACGGUUUCCCUGCACAGUGAUCAGAAUCUGAUGACAAUCGAAAAUCUCGCUAUUAUAUUCACUCCAAGUCUCAUGCCCCUUCCAGAGAUGUAUCCGGCAAGGCUCAAUAACUAUGUAAAGAUAAUUGAGAUGCUGAUCUUGAAUUCAGACAGAAUUGGCAUGGUUCCGGAGAAGUUUCUGGAUGGGAAGGCAAAAAAUGAGAUGGCUGAAAAGGAGGAGAAAAAGAAGAAAAAACGAAGAAGUGGCUCACUGACUAGGGUUUUCAAUGGCCUGAAGAAGAUUGUUGGCGUCCGGGGAUCAACGGAUGAUCUGGAUAAGAGUAUUGAAACUCUAGGAGCAACUCCCUGUCUCACAAAGUCCACGAAAAAACGCAAAGCCGGGGAUCAGAGUGGGAUGAGUGCCAAGAAGAAGAAACAGAUUAUGGCUCUGUUGCCUAAUGGGAGCCUCCUGCCCAAUACCCCGAUGCUCGUGAGGGAGAACAAAAAGAUCCGGCUGAGUUUUGGGAGUUCCAGGAGGAUCACAAAGUUUCCGGGAGUGGAGCCUCCAGAGACAAUAACCGAAGGUCAUCUGGAACUGCCACAGAUGGAGAGACGCUGGAGUGUUGUGGGGACGCCGAUAAAGAAGGAGACUUCUGGGGAAUUUGAUGCAGAUGCCACAAAGUACUUUUCGCCCGUGGUCUCUCUGCCAUGCCUCAAUUUCUCCUCUGCUGAGCCUAGUCACCAGGAUAUGGCCACUUCCACGGACUUUGUGGACAUUUCAGCCCAGGCAGACACUGAGGAUGAGGACAAGGACUAUGUGAAGAUCCCGAAGAGUGAGUAUCGUGGAUAUCAGGCUCUCAAUGAACGACUAUCGGCCAUUGAGGCACGCAUUAGUCAGGAAUUUGCCGUAGAGACGCUUCCGGCGGAUCCGGGGCUUGUGCAGGACAUCUACGAACAGACACUGGAAGAGGCUGAGUCAAUCAGUCAGCCAGCCACGGAUGAAUUGGCACGUAGGCUCAGCCGGGAUCUCAAGAUUCGUCGGAGUGAUGAAAGGAGGAUCUUCCGGUCGCCCAGUGCACGGAAGAUUGGUACAAUUCGUCGGAGAUCGAGAGAAUCUUCUGCCAAGGUGACCAGAGCAAUGUCCUGGCAUUUGGGUACCAAGGCACUUCCCGAGCAGAAAAUCAUCGAUCUCUCAUUCUAUCCCAAAGCUACUCUCAAGCGUGGACGCCCAAAUACAGUUCAGACUGGCCUGAGGCAUCCCAGUCCGGCUCCCAAGACCACCAAAAUCCCUGACAUCUCUCUGACUGCGGAAACUGACCAAGAAUUGUGGACAAGUGCUGAGGAAUUCUUCCUGACGCAGCCACAGGCCACGGAUGAGGAGAAAAUUGUGUUCAUCACGGAGAAACGGAAGGAGAUCUCACCGUACAGGACACCUCAGGCUGAGGAGCGUCGGCUGAGUCUGAGAUCAGCCAAAAAACCAGAUGAUUCUCCAAGAUUCAAAACACAGAUCUCAGUCAAUGACACACCAAUGCUGCCUCCAACGAGUCUGCCCAAAAAGACACCCGGACAGCGCCAGAAGGUGCCGAGAAUGAUCUUCCCGAAAAGUCCCUUUGACGAUCAUCCUGAACUUCCGCCCACGGGACGCGCUUCUAUUGCCCGGCUUAGGAGUCAAAAUGCCGGAAUGGUGGCGGCUAAGGCGAAACUCUUCGAUGGACUUAGCGAUGAGAGUCGCUCGGGAAGGCUGAUCAGGAGGGGUCAGGAUGCAGAAAAUACCACGCCAAAGAGAGGCCGAAGCCCUAAAGGUCAGAAACUUCGAAUGAGAGAUGGCGCAGGAGGAGAAUCCAGUCGAGUGCUCAAACAAGUCAAUGAAGCAGGAACUCAAGAGAUGGCCACCACGGAGAUGUUCCUAAAGCCACCAGCAAUUCGGCCGGCUCUGAUGGAAAAUACCCCCAAGCGUCUGGUGAAAGUGUCACAGCGUCUGCACAGCCCAAGUACGCCCAUGAAGGCUUUUCGGGCUGCUUCUCGCUCUCCCCGCGUGCCAAGAAACUAUCGUUCUCCUCGUCAUUAAAAUACGCUCUUGGACUUUUUUUUUCUUAAAAAUAUAUAUAUUUGUCUUUCAUUUGAAAAUA